GCUGCUCCUAAUGAUGUGAACCAGGCUAUUCUUGUGUAUUCAUGUGUUUACUGUCAGUAUCAGACAGGUAAACUAAAUAAAUACUUAAGUCAUCUAGAGUACGUCCACCAAACAGAAAGGGGAUUUAGCGUCACAUGUGGGAUAGAAGGUUGCCAAAAGAAGUAUUCCAUUGUUCGCUCACUUUCACGUCACAUAAGAAGGAAUCAUAACAUUAACAUAGGCCAAUGUGUAGCUAUUCAACAUGACAGGCCAAACGAUAGUGAUGGUGAUGAAUCCGAUGAUGGAUACAUGCAUUUGCAGGAAGAUAAUGGCUGAGUUCAAAAGACUGACGGGAAAGGAUGCAAAGAAACUCAUGCAAGAUGGGUUGGACAAAUAUGCAGCUGCCAUUUUGGAAUGUGCAUCAGAGAUGAAUCCUAAAAGGCAGAUGGUGACGGGCAAAAAGCGUGUUGGAGAAAUUGGAGCACUGCUGUUACUCACAUGUAUGCUGCAUGAGAAAAUAGAGCUCCUUCUUUGUCCAAAGGCCAAGGAGUUGGAUCCUGAAGAACCACAACCUCACAUCCACAUUGAAUACAAUGGGAGAAUUGAAGAUGUUUUGGCUGCAACUGGGAGAGUGAAGGAGUUUGCAAUCGUGGCUGAAGGAGAAGUAGUUGCUCAGACAAGUGAAGUCUUGAAGGCUGUGUGCAUUGUGAUGGCAGUACACUAUGUGUUCAAUAUGAGUUACCACCCAAAGCUGAAUGCCUCAUUGACAUUCAUCCAGAAAGUGAUCAUGAAUAUGAAGGAUAGUAGCCCAAACCCAAAGAAGGUUAUCAAAGUUUUGUUUCAGGUGAACUCCAAAUUAAAUGCUGCAGUUUAGCCAGUGAGAGAGUAACAAAAUGGUCAAACCUUUAAAGACCGUAUCGGAAGCGAAAAAUGAAACUGACAAAUUAUACCCCAAUGGAAAGCUUAUAAGCUACAGAAUACCACAAUGCAAGUUUCAUGCAUUUUCACCACUUACCAGCAGAGUAUUUGCUAUAGAAACGCUCAAAUUCGAGAUCUUCGAAAAUCGGCAUUAUUGCUCUCCGUACGGGCCUGAAUUCUCCGACGUCACGUUAUGAGAACGAAGUUGUGAUUACAUGUGUUUGCAUGUAGAAAAGUUUUAUAAUUUUUUGUUUUCCAGAUUACAAAUUUGAAUUUUUUAAACAAUUUGCACAGGAAAAUAACGAAAGUAUUUCGUGCUUUGUUUUCCUCAUAUUUGGCUAUGACUGCUAUGCCAGGCAGAACUUGCACACAAUCUGAAUGCAGAUACAGAUGAAUAGCUACACUAAAUAAGUGGCAAAGGAAUGACCAAAAUAUGGUAUAGAGCUGUAGAUUUCAUCAAUCUAACAGGAAAUACUUUCAAUGUUAUUUUCGUGUGAAGAUCGUUAUAAAAAUUUUGAAUUCGUAAUCUGGAAAACGAAAAAUUAUCGAUUUUUUAUACGUGCAAACGUAUGUAAUCACAACUCCAUUCUCAUAACAUGAUGUCUGAGAAUUCAGGCCUGUAGGGAGAGCAAUAAAACUCAUUUCAAAGAUCUCAAAUACCCUUUUUACACAGGAUUUUCUUAACCCCGGACUAUCGCUAACCCCGUACUAUCCUUAACCCCGUACUAUUUUUUUUCCUUUUCACACAUGCCAAAUUGUUAUCGCCAACCCCGGAUAAGGAAUGCUUGCUUUUCACACACGAAACUCGCUAACCCCGGACUAGUGGUUUUUGUCGAUCAUUCGUAGUACAAGUACUUCACUCGUACCUUUUUACACACGCUAAAAUUUCCUUAACCCCGUACUAU